GCUAGCGUGUUCUCGAGGGCGUUUUGUUGUUUUUUAGUAUGUAAAUAUAUAUAUAUAUAUAUAUAUAUAUACUGUAUAUGUAACGCCAUUUUCUAGCUAGGUUGCUUAUUUGUUUAUUUCAUGCACGUGCACAGAAGCACGGAGGAAGUUGUUGCUCAAUGUUUCUGUUCAGGAAAUGAAAAUCUAGUUUCUACAUCAACAACAGGGUCGAGGGGGACAGCCAGGUGCAAGGAGAACACAAAUAAAGCUCCGUUUGUAUACUUAAGGAUCUUGUUUCUAUAGAUCUGUGGAAUGUAACAUUUCUUGUUGGCACGAAAAAGGGAUUAACUUCACCUGUGUUUCUGGAUCUGCUUUCCUUUUCAGCAGUCUGAGUCUUGAAGGAAGCUGGUUUUAUAUAAAGUUUAAACCCGGUAGAAAUGUGGACAUCAUAGUCAGGUGUGAAGAGAUCCAGAACCCACAACCCCUCUGACUCGGUCAGGUGUUUUGUGGAGGAAAGCGAGGCAGAUGUUCCUCCACAGGGCUUGUUUACGUGUUCAGCGUGUGCUUUCUCAUGCUCGCUCCCUCUGAGACGCAGCCAUGGCCGGGUGUCCCGUCGUCUCCAGGCUCACGUGGAGGACCAAUUAUCUGCUCCUGCUGGUGAUCUGUGCGUGUGUGAUCGUGUGGAUAACGUCCCUAUCCGAGAGCCACAUGAAGAUGCGUGAGCAGGUGACCACCUCAGCCAAGGUGCAGACUAAGGCAAAGAAUGAGAUGAAGCAGGGAGAAGCGGUCGUGGAGAGAAUGCCGAAGGACCUCUGCCCAGAAAAAUCACCACUGCUCCGUGGAGCUAUGAGAUUGGAGUUCAGGCCGUCUCUGACUCUGGAGCAGGUGGAGGAGGAGAACAAAGGUGUUUCGGAGGGACAGUACGAACCAGAGGAGUGUAAAGCCAGGCAGAGCGUCGCUGUUCUCAUCCCUCACCGAAACCGAGAGAAACACCUGAUGUACCUGCUGCACCAUCUCCACCCCUUCCUGCAGAGGCAGCAGCUCCACUACGCCAUCUACAUCAUCCACCAGGCUGGUGAUGCUACAUUUAACAGGGCAAAGCUGUUGAAUAUCGGUUACCUAGAGGCUCUGAAAAACUUCAACUGGGAUUGCUUCAUCUUUCACGACGUAGAUCUCGUCCCCGAAAACGAUCACAACCUCUACACCUGUGCAAAACAACCGAAACACUUGGUUGUGGGCCGCAACUCCACCGGCUACAGACUGAGAUAUAAUGGUUAUUUUGGAGGCGUGACAGCGAUGAGUAAGGAGCAGUUUGCCAAAGUGAACGGAUUUCCAAACACCUACUGGGGCUGGGGAGGGGAAGACGAUGACCUCCGCUUACGCGUGCAGCUGCAGGGGAUGAAAGUCGUGCGUCCGCAGGCCGAUGUUGCUCGCUACACUAUGGUGUUUCACAAGAGAGACAACGGCAACGAGGUCAAUAAGGACAGGAUGCGUUUACUUGGUCAGACGCCGAAGAUGUGGAGGAAAGACGGUCUGAACUCGUGUACGUAUAAAACUCUGUCAGUGGAGCAUCCUGCGCUGUACAUUAACAUCACGGUGGACAUCGGAAACCAACUAAAAGCACACUGAGAGCAACCUGUGCCAGACAUCAACAUCACGGUGGACAUCGACGGUCCAAACACACACUGAGAGCGACGUCAUCACAUCACAGCGGGUCCUGGUUCCUCUGCUGGAACUGUGCCUCGAGUCUCGGAGCCUCUCGGGAGGCUUGUUUUUAAUGUCAGGACCUCGAGCAGGAUGAUCAUUUGCGGUUUCUUUUUAUCUCACUUGUGGCUAGAGCUGACCGGUAUGUUUACCAUGGAGUGCUUGGACCCCGCUGAUCGCUGUAUACAACUAUGUUAUAAUCUGUAAUUGUUAAUAUGAUGAUGAUGAUGAUGAUGAGCAGAAACAGGAAGGUGCUCUCUGAGAAAGUCAGGAUGUCAGGGUUGGGGUGUGUUUGUUUAGAGAUGUUUAUAAUACAGAAUUGCACGAAGGAUCAUGAACAUGUUGCACGUCUAAUUCCACUGUGUUGAAGGGUAAAGUAGAUCAGACACAGACACAAAGUGAUCGGACACAGCAGGGCACUGGGGAGCGGUGAGUGGGGCAUUUUGGGUGGGUGGGGGGUGUUUGGGGGGUAUUUAAUCUGUAUGAUUGAGAUGAAAUAAAUAGGAAUCUAAAGAAUUUUAUCAGAGGGACAUGGACAGACUGAUGACCUGUGAUGGCUGACUGGAUGAUGAUGAUGAUGAUGAUGAUGAUGAUGAUGUAUUACACGGUUAUUACACUGUUAUACAGCUUCAGUUUAAAAUAGAAUAGGAUGUUUUUUUUAUAUAAGAAGGUGAGGAUGUAAUUGUGACUCAUUAGGAAAAGUAUGAAGGUUAAAUAAAUCGCAUUUCCUGUAAAUUUCAGCUCAUUAAUCAAAAUGUUUUUGUUUAAAUUUCAGCAUGUUCAAUGAGUUUUCUAGAUAAAUCCAUGUAGUGUGUGUGUGUGUGUGUGUGUGUAUAUAUACAGUAUAUUAUGUAUUCUUUGCUGCUGAGGCUCUCUGAGGAAGAGGACAUGAGAUUUGCCUUGUUGUUGUUUACAGCGUUAUUCUUUAUUUUUUAAAUGAGAAUUUUAUGGUAUAGAGCCGAAUUUAAAGCAUUAACAUUUCAUUCGAUGGCAUUUUAUGUGUUUUGCUGAGAGUUUCUCUCAGAAUGUCUGUGUGUGUGUUAAACUUGACUGAUCAUUUGCUUUUAUACAUUUUAUUUCCUCCUGGAUUUUGAUUGUAUUUAAGAACAAAACGCAGAAGCAGUUUCUGUGCUCUGCUGCAGUGUUGGUGGGUUUUAGGAACUUAAAUAAAUCAUUUCUAUAAAGAGUUUUUUUUCUAAAUUUACCUAAGUGUAUGUAUUAAAAAUUGAAAUUAUUAUAAU